CGCACUUUUAUGUCAACAAUCGAGCACAACAUUUUAACCAGCACAGAGCACAAAACAUUAAUUUUACGGAGAAUGGAUAGAGAAUCAGGUGAUAUAGACUGCGUAGCAUGUGGAUAUGCUAUUAAAUAUAAUCAGAGAGGUGGAUUUACUGCCUGCGGACACGGUCAUAUACAUUAUAACUGCAGUUAUUUAGGAGUAAGCUGCGAAAUAUGCUCAAGAGCAUUAACAUUUGAUGUCAAUCAAAGUGAAAAUGAGUAUUUGACAUUCGAUAUGAAUACUAAUCGACGUGAUGAAGAUCAAAGCUCAGAUAGUUCCGAAAUGUUUGGCUUAUUGUACGAAAUAAAGCAAUUGCUUGUUGAACAGAAAGCAGAGCAGGCAAAACAAGCUAAGAUCAUCGAGGAACUGAAAGAAGAAAUCAAAGAGUACAAAAUGAAGGAAAAUAAGAUUCACGAACUACAAAACGACAUCCUGCAAAUCAAGUACGACAAAAUCAUGAAGGAUCAAAAGGAUUUAGAGGAAAAGGUGAAUAAAUUAACAUGCAAAGACUGAAUCAUCGUCUGCUCCUUCUUGCCAAUCAUUGUGCUGUGCCUUCGUAUUCUGAACCAUAAGAAUAAGUCAUUUCAAAUAGUUUACGAGUCUCUAUGAAAGUUAUUUUUUGUUAAUUAAUUUUUUGAUAUAAAGUAAAUAAAAUACAAGUGUUUUUUUAAAGGAUA